AUGGUCGACAUGCCCUAUGGCCUCUUCAACCCGGCAGCUGAAUCGAAGAGCGGCCUGGGUGGCACCGCAGACAAGCUCCUGUCUUUCGUCGGUGCUGAGAAGCAGAUGAAGGUGAAGUUGCCACUCACCGUGUGGGGCCAGGCCGUGCACGGCAUGUCGGGAACCUGGUCUUUCGAUUCCGGUGGGCUCCAUUCCACGGACUACGUCUACAAGGUGGAGCAGGGCAAGGGUGCCCCAGAUGACUUCUACCUUUGUGACGCUCGAGAUCGACCUCAGCACUGCGCGCUGCUGGGCGGGAACAUGAAACACGCGUGCGCCGCCUGGUACGAUCCGAAGCAGUGUGACUUCUGCGAGGACCUCGGCGAUGAGCUGAAGUGCGAUGUCCGCGGCUGGAACCACAAGGAGAUGAAAUGGGCACGCGUCCCAAUCUAUCCCCGCGAUCUCCUGGGAGAGCUCUAUCGCGGCGAAUGGAAGGACGUGUGGAUGCGGCCGGUCUUCGCAUCUGUGCGACUGAAAAAGGCCGGACUCAUGGGCGAGAUCAAGAAGCUGCCAGACCAGCUGGUGACCACCGGCCCCGGGAGCGAAGCGAUGAACGGGAUUCCUGGCAUUGCACAGCCACCUUUUGCAGGCUUCAGCGCGUUCAUCGCCGUCACCGCUGGCAGCAUGGAAG